GCGCGCGGGGCAGGAGCGCAGGGGACCGCCCAGACGCGGGGCCGGCGCCGAGGUAGCGCCGCGCGGUCAGCCAGGCCCGGGAACCCCAGCUUCCCCGCCCGCCGGCCGGCGCAACCCGGAGGCCCGAGCCAUGGAAUCGGAGGAGGAGCAGCACAUGACCACGCUGCUGUGCAUGGGCUUCUCGGACCCGGCCACUAUUCGCAAGGCCCUGCGCCUGGCCAAGAACGACAUCAACGAGGCCGUGGCGCUGCUCACCAACGAGCGGCCCGGCCUAGACUACGGCGGCUACGAGCCCAUGGACAGCGGCGGCGGCCCCAGUCCCGGGCCGGGCGGCGGCCCGCGGGGCGACGGCGGCGGGGACAGCGGCGGGCCCUCCCGCGGCGGGAGCACCGGAGGCGGCGGGGGCUUCGACCCGCCGCCCGCCUACCACGAGGUGGUGGACGCUGAGAAGAAUGAUGAAAAUGGAAACUGCUCAGGAGAAGGAAUUGAAUUCCCUACAACAAAUUUAUAUGAAUUGGAAAGCCGUGUUUUGACUGAUCAUUGGUCCAUCCCAUACAAGCGAGAAGAAUCACUAGGCAAAUGUCUGUUGGCUUCUACCUACCUAGCAAGACUUGGUCUUUCCGAGUCUGAUGAGAACUGUAAAAGAUUUAUGGAGAGGUGUAUGCCUGAAGCAUUUAAAAAGCUCCUGACAUCAAGUGCUGUUCACAAGUGGGGUACUGAAAUUCAUGAAGGAAUCUAUAACAUGUUGAUGCUGCUAAUUGAACUGGUUGCAGAGAGAAUAAAACAAGAUCCAAUUCCCAUUGGACUCCUGGGAGUGCUGACAAUGGCUUUCAAUCCUGAUAAUGAAUACCACUUUAAAAACAGAAUGAAAGUAUCUCAGAGGAAUUGGGCAGAUGUGUUUGGAGAAGGAAAUAUGUUUGCUAUUUCACCUGUAUCUACUUUCCAAAAGGAGCCUCAUGGAUGGGUUGUGGACUUGGUAAAUAAGUUUGGAGAAUUAGGUGGAUUUGCAGCAAUCCAAGCCAAACUCCAUUCAGAAGAUAUAGAACUUGGGGCGGUGUCCGCCCUGGUGCAGCCCUUAGGCGUGUGUGCAGAGUACCUGAAUUCCUCCGUGGUACAGCCCAUGCUAGACCCUGUCAUCCUAACUACAAUCCAGGAUGUACGGAGUGUAGAGGAGAAAGACCUCAAAGACAAGAGAUUGGUUAGCAUCCCUGAGCUCUUGUCUGCCAUUAAGUUACUUUGCAUGCGCUUCCAACCGGAUCUGGUGACAGUUGUGGAUGAUCUUCGCCUUGAUAUCCUGUUGCGAAUGCUAAAAUCACCACAUUUUAGUGCUAAAAUGAAUUCCCUCAAAGAAGUCACCAAACUAAUAGAAGAUAGCACCUUAUCCAAAUCUGUGAAGAAUGCUAUAGAUACAGACAGAUUACUAGAUUGGCUAGUUGAAAACUCAGUUCUGUCGAUUGCACUAGAAGGCAACAUAGAUCAAGCACAAUACUGUGAUCGCAUAAAGGGAAUUAUUGAACUCCUGGGCAGUAAAUUAUCUUUAGAUGAGCUCACUAAAAUUUGGAAGAUACAAUCAGGACAGUCAUCCACGGUAAUUGAGAACAUUCACACUAUUAUUGCUGCAGCAGCUGUGAAAUUUAAUUCAGAUCAGCUUAAUCAUUUGUUUGUUCUCAUUCAGAAGAGCUGGGAGACCGAGAGUGACAGAGUAAGACAGAAGCUAUUGAGUCUGAUUGGACGAAUAGGCCGGGAAGCUCGAUUUGAGACCACAUCUGGAAAGGUGUUAGACGUACUCUGGGAACUGGCUCAUCUUCCAACCUUGCCCAGUAGCCUUAUUCAGCAAGCCUUGGAGGAGCACCUGACAAUUCUUAGUGAUGCCUAUGCAGUGAAGGAAGCAGUCAAGAGGAGCUACAUCAUUAAGUGCAUAGAAGACAUUAAAAGGCCUGGAGAAUGGUCAGGUUUGGAAAAAAACAAGAAAGAUGGAUUCAAGUCUUCCCAGCUUAAUAAUCCCCAGUUUGUAUGGGUGGUUCCAGCUUUGCGUCAGCUCCAUGAAAUCACCCGCUCAUUCAUAAAACAAACCUAUCAAAAACAAGACAAGAGCAUUAUUCAAGACCUGAAGAAAAAUUUUGAAAUAGUCAAGUUGGUAACGGGAAGUUUAAUAGCUUGUCAUCGUCUUGCAGCAACUGUGGCUGGGCCUGGAGGCUUAACUGGUUUGACACUAGUAGAUGGCCGAUACACUUACCGGGAGUAUUUAGAGGCACAUCUGAAAUUUCUGGCAUUUUUCUUACAAGAGGCUACACUGUAUCUAGGUUGGAACAGAGCCAAGGAAAUCUGGGAGUGCCUUGUGACUGGCCAGGAUGUUUGUGAAUUGGAUCGAGAGAUGUGUUUUGAGUGGUUCACAAAAGGGCAGCACGACCUGGAAAGUGACGUGCAGCAGCAGCUCUUCAAAGAGAAGAUUCUAAAAUUGGAGUCCUAUGAAAUCACUAUGAAUGGGUUUAACUUAUUCAAGACCUUUUUUGAAAAUGUGAAUCUCUGUGAUCAUCGAUUAAAAAGACAAGGAGCUCAAUUGUAUGUAGAAAAGCUGGAAUUGAUAGGAAUGGAUUUCAUUUGGAAAAUAGCCAUGGAAUCACCAGAUGAAGAGAUUGCUAAUGAAGCUAUUCAAUUAAUCAUUAACUAUAGUUACAUUAAUCUAAAUCCUAGGUUAAAAAAGGAUUCAGUGUCUUUACAUAAGAAAUUCAUUGCUGAUUGCUACACAAGACUAGAAGCAGCCAGUUCAGCACUUGGUGGCCCCACUCUAACACAUGCUGUGACCCGAGCAACAAAAAUGCUCACUGCAACUGCCAUGCCAACUGUAGCAACAUCAGUUCAGUCUCCAUAUAGAUCAACAAAACUUGUGAUAAUUGAGAGAUUGCUUCUUCUGGCAGAACGCUAUGUGAUCACGAUAGAGGAUUUUUACUCUGUUCCACGAACUAUUCUACCUCAUGGUGCCUCAUUUCAUGGACAUCUUUUAACUCUUAAUGUUACCUAUGAGUCUACCAAAGAUACCUUCACUGUAGAGGCCCACAGUAAUGAAACCAUAGGCAGUGUCCGGUGGAAGAUAGCCAAGCAGUUGUGCUCUCCUGUGGACAAUAUACAGAUAUUUACAAACGAUAGUCUGCUGACCGUGAAUAAAGAUCAAAAGCUCCUCCACCAGCUGGGCUUUUCUGAUGAACAAGUCCUUACAGUGAAGACGUCGGGCAGUGGGACCCCCUCUGGGAGCUCUGCAGAUUCCUCAACCAGCUCCAGCAGCAGCAGCAGUGGAGUUUUCAGUUCAUCAUAUGCCAUGGAGCAGGAGAAGUCUCUGCCUGGUGUAGUAAUGGCUCUUGUGUGUAAUGUGUUUGAUAUGCUGUAUCAGCUUGCCAACCUAGAGGAGCCAAGGAUAACUCUACGAGUACGAAAACUUCUGCUCUUAAUACCAACUGAUCCGGCCAUUCAGGAAGCCCUUGAUCAGCUUGAUUCUUUAGGCAGAAAGAAAACAUUGCUCUCUGAAACAAGUUCUCAGUCUUCAAAGUCUCCAUCCCUUUCUUCAAAGCAGCAACAUCAGCCAAGCGCCAGUUCAAUCUUAGAAAGUCUGUUUCGAUCUUUUGCUCCAGGAAUGUCAACCUUCAGAGUGCUCUACAACUUGGAAGUUCUAAGCUCCAAACUCAUGCCAACAGCGGAUGACGAUAUGGCAAGAAGCUGUGCAAAAUCCUUCUGUGAAAACUUCCUGAAAGCAGGAGGUUUGAGUUUGGUUGUAAAUGUCAUGCAGAGGGACUCCAUCCCAUCGGAAGUAGACUAUGAGACCAGGCAGGGUGUUUACUCCAUCUGUCUACAGCUUGCAAGGUUUUUACUCGUUGGACAGACGAUGCCAACAUCAUUAGAUGAAGACCUCACCAAAGAUGGCAUAGAAGCACUUUCUUCUCGUCCAUUCCGAAAUGUCAGCCGGCAGACAAGCAGACAGAUGUCCCUGUGUGCUACCCCAGAAAAAUCAUCCUACAGGCAGUUGUCAGUAUCAGAUAGGUCUUCCAUCAGGGUUGAGGAAAUCAUCCCUGCUGCUCGAGUUGCAAUACAAACUAUGGAAGUAAGUGACUUCACUUCUACUGUGGCUUGUUUCAUGAGAUUGUCAUGGGCUGCGGCUGCAGGACGGCUGGACCUUGUUGGCAGUAGUCAGCCAAUUAAAGAAAGUAAUUCCCUGUUUCCUGCUGGAAUUCGAAACAGACUCAGCAGUUCAGGAAGCAAUUGCAGCUCUGGAAGUGAAGGAGAACCAGUGGCCCUGCAUGCUGGAAUCUGUGUCCGACAGCAAUCUGUAUCCACCAAAGACUCCUUGAUUGCUGGAGAGGCUUUGUCUCUUCUUGUUACCUGCCUGCAGCUCCGGAGCCAGCAGCUAGCAUCUUUCUAUAGCUUGCCAUGUGUUGCUGAUUUUAUCAUCGAUAUUCUGCUUGGAUCACCUAGUGCUGAGAUCCGCCGGGUUGCCUGUGAUCAGCUGUACACUCUUAGUCAAACAGACACGUCAGCUCAUCCAGAAGUGCAGAAGCCAAAUCAGUUUCUCUUAGGUGUCAUUCUCACAGCUCAGCUGCCUCUCUGGUCCCCAACCAGUAUCAUGAGAGGAAUCAAUCAAAGACUGCUAUCUCAGUGUAUGGAGUAUUUUGAUUUGAGGUGCCAAUUAUUAGAUGAUCUGACAACUUCAGAAAUGGAGCAGUUACGAAUCAGCCCAGCCACCAUGCUUGAAGAUGAGAUUACAUGGCUGGAUAACUUUGAACCUAAUCGUACUGCAGAAUGUGAGACCAGUGAAGCAGACAACAUCCUAUUGGCAGGACAUUUGCGGCUCAUUAAGACCCUGCUUUCGCUCUGUGGGGCAGAAAAGGAAAUGCUUGGUUCAUCACUCAUUAAACCAUUGUUAGAUGACUUCCUUUUCCGAGCUUCUAGAAUUAUUUUAAAUAGUCAUUCUCCAGCUGGCAGUGCCGCCAUCAGUCAACAGGAUUUUCAUCCAAAGUGUAGUACAGUGAAUAGCCGAUUAGCAGCCUAUGAAGUCCUUGUCAUGCUAGCUGACAGUUCACCCUCAAAUCUUCAAAUCAUUACAAAAGAACUACUUUCUAUGCAUCAUCAGCCUGACCCUGCUCUUACUAAGGAGUUUGAUUUCCUUCCCCCAGUGGACAGCAGAUCCAGUUCAGGGUUUGUGGGGCUGAGGAAUGGUGGCGCUACUUGUUACAUGAAUGCAGUCUUCCAGCAGCUGUAUAUGCAACCAGGGCUCCCUGAGUCACUACUUUCAGUGGAUGAUGACACAGACAAUCCAGAUGAUAGUGUAUUUUACCAAGUACAGUCUCUCUUUGGGCAUUUGAUGGAAAGCAAGCUGCAGUAUUAUGUGCCUGAGAACUUCUGGAAGAUCUUCAAGAUGUGGAACAAAGAGCUCUAUGUGAGAGAACAGCAGGAUGCCUAUGAAUUCUUUACUAGUCUCAUUGAUCAGAUGGAUGAAUAUCUCAAGAAAAUGGGGAGAGACCAGAUCUUUAAGAAUACUUUUCAGGGCAUCUAUUCUGAUCAGAAGAUCUGUAAAGACUGUCCUCACAGAUACGAGCGUGAGGAAGCUUUCAUGGCUCUCAAUCUAGGAGUUACUUCUUGUCAGAGUUUGGAAAUUUCCUUGGACCAGUUUGUUAGAGGAGAAGUUCUAGAAGGAAGUAAUGCAUACUACUGUGAAAAAUGUAAAGAAAAGAGAAUAACAGUGAAAAGGACCUGCAUUAAGUCUUUACCUAGUGUCUUGGUAAUUCACCUGAUGAGAUUUGGCUUUGACUGGGAGAGUGGACGAUCCAUUAAAUAUGACGAACAAAUAAGGUUUCCGUGGAUGCUAAAUAUGGAGCCUUAUACAGUCUCAGGAAUGGCACGCCAGGAUUCAUCUUCUGAAGUUGGUGAAAAUGGGAGAAGUAUGGAUCAAGGAGGUGGGGGAUCCCCACGGAAAAAAGUUGCCCUCACAGAAAACUACGAGCUUGUUGGCGUCAUUGUGCACAGCGGGCAGGCUCAUGCAGGCCAUUAUUAUUCCUUCAUUAAGGAUAGGCGGGGGUGUGGGAAAGGAAAGUGGUAUAAAUUUAAUGACACAGUUAUAGAAGAAUUUGACCUAAAUGACGAAACUUUGGAGUAUGAAUGCUUUGGAGGAGAAUAUAGACCAAAAGUUUAUGAUCAGACAAACCCCUACACCGAUGUGCGUCGAAGAUACUGGAAUGCCUACAUGCUCUUCUACCAAAGGGUAUCUGAUCAAAACUCCCCAGUGUUGCCAAAGAAAAGCCGAGUCAGCGUUGUAAGACAGGAAGCUGAGGAUCUCUCUCUGUCAGCUCCAUCUUCACCUGAAAUUUCACCUCAGUCAUCUCCUCGGCCCCAUAGGCCUAACAAUGACCGGCUCUCUAUUCUAACCAAACUUGUUAAAAAAGGUGAGAAGAAAGGACUGUUUGUGGAGAAAAUGCCUGCUCGGAUAUACCAGAUGGUGAGAGAUGAAAACCUCAAAUUCAUGAAGAAUAGAGACGUGUACAGUAGUGAUUAUUUCAGUUUUGUUUUGUCUUUAGCUUCAUUGAAUGCUACUAAACUAAAGCACCCCUAUUACCCUUGUAUGGCAAAGGUGAGCUUGCAGCUUGCCAUUCAGUUCCUUUUCCAAACUUACCUACGGACAAAGAAAAAACUCAGGGUCGAUACUGAAGAAUGGAUUGCUACUAUUGAAGCAUUACUUUCAAAAAGUUUUGAUGCUUGUCAGUGGCUUGUUGAAUACUUCAUUAGUUCUGAAGGGCGAGAGUUGAUAAAGAUUUUCUUGUUGGAGUGCAGUGUGAGAGAAGUACGAGUCGCUAUGGCCACCAUUCUGGAGAAGACCUUAGACAGUGCCUUGUUUUAUCAGGAUAAGUUAAAAAGCCUUCAUCAUUUACUGGAAGUACUACUUGCUCUUUUGGAUAAAGAUGUCCCAGAAAAUUGUAAAAACUGUGCUCAGUACUUUUUCCUGUUCAACACUUUUGUGCAAAAGCAAGGUAUCAGGGCUGGAGAUCUUCUUCUGAGACACUCGGCACUGCGACACAUGAUCAGCUUCCUCCUGGGCGUCAAUCGACAGAAUCAUCAGAUACGCCGAUGGAGUUCAGCACAAGCACGGGAAUUUGGGAAUCUCCACAAUACUGUUGCAUUACUGAUCUUGCAUUCAGACGUCUCUUCUCAGAGGAAUGUUGCUCCUGGCAUAUUUAAACAACGGCCACCUAUCAGUGUUGCUCCCUCCAGCCCUCUGCUGCCCCUCCAUGAGGAAGUAGAAGCCUUGUUGUUCUUGUCUGAAGGGAAACCGUACCUGUUAGAGGUCAUGUUUGCUCUGCGAGAGCUGACAGGCUCACUCCUGGCACUCAUUGAGAUGGUGGUGUACUGCUGCUUCUGUAAUGAGCAUUUUUCCUUCACGAUGCUGCAUUUCAUUAAGAAUCAGUUAGAAACUGCUCCACCCCAUGAGUUAAAGAAUACAUUCCAGUUGCUUCAUGAGAUAUUGGUCACUGAAGAUCCCAUACAAGUAGAACGAGUCAAAUUUGUAUUUGAAACCGAAAACGGAUUACUAGCUUUGAUGCACCACAGUAAUCAUGUGGACAGCAGUCGAUGCUACCAGUGUGUCAAAUUUCUUGUCACUCUUGCUCAAAAAUGUCCUGCUGCUAAAGAAUACUUCAAGGAGAAUUCCCACCACUGGAGUUGGGCCGUGCAGUGGUUACAAAAGAAGAUGUCAGAGCACUAUUGGACACCACAGAGCAAUGUCUCUAAUGAAACCUCAACUGGAAAAACCUUUCAGCGAACCAUCUCAGCUCAGGACACAUUAGCAUAUGCCACAGCUUUGUUGAAUGAAAAAGAGCAGUCGGGAAGCAGCAAUGGGUCAGAGAGCAGUCCUGCCAAUGAGAAUGGAGAGAGGCAUUUACAACAGGGUUCAGAAUCUCCCAUGAUGAUUGGUGAAUUAAGAAGUGACCUUGACGAUGUCGAUCCUUAGAGCAGUGUGCCCAGCAACUGGCCAGAUAGGAUGUUCUAAUGCACCAUUUAGAAACCAGAAUCUCAUCCCUGAAGCCCUUCAAAGAGCCUGGAAAUGGAGUCAGGAGAAUGUGUGACUGAGGACCAUGUGUUCUAAAGGAAAGCCUUCUCAGGCUUCUAGAAGGUUGGGAUCUGCUUGUUUGUGGGAGAGUUCCAGCGUGGGAACCAGCUGACCCACAGGCACAGUCGUAGUGUGGAUUGAAACUCCAUGGAGAUUUUAGGAAAUGAAGCUGGUGACAGACUUCUGAUACAUGAACAUAGAGUAAGGAUAAAGGGAUAAAGCUGUGGCUUUCUCUAUGAUGUGACAAAAAAAAAAUCCUUUGGUUUUUAUAUCAAAAAAAGAAAAGCAAGCUGCCUUUAGGUAUGUGAGGGCAAAUUUUUACUCUUGCAGUAACAUUAAGUAGGAAUAUCCAAUUUAAAAUGAUGUAAAGAUAUGUGGUAAAAAUUCCUUUUCAUUGUAAAAUAGUUAAAUUCAGUUUACAUAGACCUUUGUAUUUAAUAUGUCUCCCUCUUUGUACAGAAUUUCUGAUCUGCCUGGUUGAGAGCUCUGGACAUAAUCUUGGAUCUUGAUGAUAUGUUACCAGUAUCAAAAAUUGUGAAAUUAUUAAGUUCUUUAAGGUAUUUUCUGAUACAAGAUUGAAAAGAGCAAUAAAAAAAAAAGCUAUGUUCUCUAACAUAUAGGUGCAUUCUUUGACAUCAGUCACUGAACUUACAGGUUGUUCCCAAAAUAAAAUUUUAAAACAACAUAAUUGAAAGCACUUUAAGAUAUAAUUUUAUUGAAUUUGACUUCUUAAAUUAUCUUUUUAAUGCUUGGAGACAUAUUGAAUAAACUGUAGUCUUGUCACGUGAUCUGCAACGAUUGCUCUUCCUUAAACGUAAUUCCUGUGGCCCUUCUAAUGAUUGUAUAUUGAGUUAAACAUCUAGGCUGGGAGACACUGCUUUGUGAGACUUAGAAUUUAAGUACAGAGGAAGAAUUCAAGAAUUCAUUUCUCCUCAACAUGACUAACACUGAAAAGGUAAAGGUUUAAGACUUUCCUCAGAAAUAACUAGAAAACAGUUGGACACCCAUCCAUUUAGUUGUAUUUCCCAGCAUGAUGUCACUCGUUUCAGGUUGGGUUACGUGGGUAUUUCCUGUAUUUUGUACACUUCGAAUUUUGAAUUGCUCACAGUUUCAGCCCUGUUCCACUCUGAGUUACAUGUUCUGCCUAUUUUCUACUUGCUGUGCGCAGGACCCGGGGAGCCUUCGGAAGUGCCAGGUUGCCACUGUCAGCUCAGAAUACUAAGUCAGAUAGGCAGUGCCUUUUGGUUGCUUUUGGAUUCAUGGGGACACAUUCGAGGCAGACAGCAUUCUCUGCUGUGUGCUUUCAGUGAGCCUCAUUUCACUGUUCAGCUGUGGGAAUUCCUGUGCAGUCAGCUUCAGUGCAUCACUCUGUGUGUGGCCUACCACAGCCAGUGCCAGCUUUGGUCAGACACAUGAAGUCGGAAGGGCCAGUGUUUGAGAGCAGAACUGUGUGCUUGGGGAAACAGACAGAGGCAAGUGGUGAAUUUGGUAUGGUUCUGGUGUUCUCACAGUUCGAUGUGAGGGUGUAGAAUUGAUUUUGAAUACCUGUGUCGUACUGUUUCCCUUCCCAGCUCACCGUCUCUCCACACUCGUCCUUGCAGAAGGAUUGUGUGGGACACGCAUUGAAAUGCCAGCGAUGAUACGUGGUGGGACAUCAUCGCUGGCAACUGCACUCAGGAGCCCAAAUUCAGGAGUGAAAUUGCCACUUCUAGUCAGCUCCCUUAUUUCCUAUGGAAACGACUCGCCUUCUACCCCGCACCUGCUGUCCUCAUGUAAAGCUGCACCAGAAUCGUCCUCACUCUUCACUUUGGUCCAUCUUGCUACCUUGUUGCUGUCAUGGGCAUCCUUUCUACUUUGCCAGUAACCACUUGAUUUCCAACAGCUGCAGUCCACGAACCUGCUGAGGACUUUUUUUUUUUUUUUUUUUU